AUGUUUAUUGGCUUACUUAUGUAUGGAGUUUAUUCAUCAAUAAUGAUUAUUGUUUUACUUAAUAUGCUUAUUGCUAUGAUGAGUAAUUCUUAUCAAUAUAUAGCUAAUUCAACUGAAACAGAAUGGAAAUUUGCACGUGCGAAACUUUGGAUAAGCUACUUUGAAGAUGGCUGUACUUUACCACCACCAUUUAAUAUUGUUCCAAGUCCAAAAUCAAUUUGUUAUGGAUUUGUAUAUAUUUAUAGUAGAGUAUUUGGUUGUUCAAAAACACAUUUAAGAAAUCGAUGGCAAAGCAUUAAGAAAAUAAUCAGUAAAAUCAAUGAACGUGAAAUAAAAUAUCAAACUGUUAUACGUGAAUUAGUUAAACGUUAUAUAAUGAAACGUCAACAAAAAGAUCAAACUGAAGGUGUAACAGAAGACGAUUUAAAUGAAAUAAAACAAGAUAUUUCAGCAUUUCGUUUUGAAUUAUUGGAAAUUUUGAGUACGAAUGGAUUUAAAGUACAAUCAAUGAAGAAAAAUCCAGCUGCACGUGUUGGUCGAAAACGUGGUAAAAUGAAUUUAGAAAAAACUAUUAAUAAAAAUAUGUUUGAUAUGUCAACAUCGAUACGGGAUAAAAAUCCAUUAGAAACAUCUGAUUUAAUGAAAAAUGAGCAAUCUGAUACAUUAACAAUACCCUCAACAUCUAUAUUAUCACAUCCAAAACAAAGAUUAACAGCACAAUUUAAACGUGCUAUAACAAUGAUUAAACAACGAAGUGAACCAGCAUGUGAAUCAUCUCCACCACAAUUUCAAACAUCAAUAUCAUUAGCAGAAAAACCAAAUAAUUCAUUCGAUGGAAAUUUUUUAACAAGUUUAAUUGAAGAAACAACACAUGAUAAUAGUUCUCUUUCAUCAAGAGAAAUUUUAACAUCAAAAUCACAAUCAUUUGUACAACUUAAACCAUCAAUGAUACAUUCAUCAUCAACUCAAGAUACAGAUUCAAGUGGUACAACAGCUGCUACUGUUAUUGCAUUCGAUUCAACAGCACGAAUGAAUCAUCAAAAUCAAAAUACAUCAUCAUCAAAUAUUAAUAAAUCAAAUUUACAAAACAUUCAAACUGGAAAUCAACAGUCUAUAACACUACAAUUAUCAUCAUCAUCUUCAGCAACAUUAAGUCCAACACCAGUAUCAUCAAUAUCAGCUACAGGUGAAAUAGCGAUUUUCGAGACAAUCUUGUAA